GUGUGUAUGAGAAAUCCCCACUGAAUAAUUACUCCAACUAUAGGCAAUCCCGCAAAAAGCUCCCUCACAGCUUUAUUCCUCCUCUAACUACCACUGUUCCCUCCCUGUUCCACCAUGAAAUUCCGACCAAGCUCCACGCCCGUUUCGCUCUCUCUUUUUCUCACCCGAUAAAUUGCCAUCCUCGUUCGACACCAACAGCUAACCAUUUGGUGUGCUCAUGGAUUCUAGAAACAGCCGACACUGCAUGAAAUGAAAUUUGCAGACAAACAGCCCUGCUGACUUCCGACUUCACUAAUGGCUUCCACCAGUUCAACGCCCACUGAUCCUUCUUCUUCUGCACCAGAGGACACGGCAGCCAAAACCUUCAACAAGCGAUACGAAGGCUUGGUUGCGAUUCGAUCUAAGGCGAUAAAGGGCAAAGGAGCAUGGUACUGGGCUCAUUUAGAGCCUAUUCUAAUUAGAAAUCCAGACACUAGUUUCCCCAAAGCUGUCAAACUCAAGUGUUCUUUUUGCGACGCCCUUUUUUCAGCCUCAAACCCGUCGAGAACCGCCUCGGAACAUCUCAAACGAGGCACCUGUCCCAAUUUCAACUCUGAUUUGAGACCCAAUUCGGUAGUUUCGCCUUUGCCUAUAUCGCCUUUGCCGUCUCCUCCUUCGCAUAAUCAUCGAAAGCGAAGCUCUUACAUGGCUACCCCGUUAAAUUCACUAGCUAUAGUUGAGUCAACUCGUGUUUGUAACGAACUUGGUUCUUCUAAUGCUGCAUUAAAUCAGCAGCAGCAUCUGGUGUUGUCUGGUGGAAAACAGGAUUUAGGUGCAUUGGCAAUGUUGGAAGACAGUAUUAAGAAGCUUAAGAGCCCAAAAGCUUCUCCUGGUCCUUCAUUAAGCAAGGACCAGAUUGAUUCUGCUCUUGAAUUAUUAGCUGAUUGGUUCUAUGAGACAUGCGGAUCAGUCUCAUUUUCAAGCCUCGAGCACCCUAAGUUUCGAGCUUUCCUCCAUCAAGUAGGCUUGUCUUCUUUGUCAAGGAGGGACUUGUCUGGUGCAAGGCUAGAGAACAGGUAUCACGUGGCAAAGACUGAGGUGGAAGCUAGAAUUAGAGACGCUAUGUUCUUUCAAGUUGCUUGUAAUGGCUGGAAGAAAAAGAAUUGUUGCAGUGGAGAAGAGAAUUUGGUUAUGUUUAGCAAUAAUCUUCCAAAUGGGACUAGUUUGUAUCAAAAAGUUGUGUUAACUGGAGGAUCGGUGUCUUCAAAAUAUGCUGAAGAGAUUAUGUGGGAGGCAGUGACGAGCAUAUGUGGAAGUGCUUUACAGAGAUGUGUAGGGAUAGUUGCAGAUAAGUAUAAGUCCAAGGCAUUGAGGAAUUUGGAGAUUCAAUAUCAAUGGAUGGUGAAUCUCUCAUGUCAGGUUCAGGGGUUACUUGGUUUGAUCAAGGAUUUCUUCAAGCAGCUUCGACUUUUCAGGACUGUCACUGAAAAUUGCAUGACGCUUGCCAAUUUUGUAAAUAAUAAAUCUCAAGUUAGGAUUAGCUUCCAAAAAUAUAGGAUGCAGGAGCUCGAAGAUGCUGGGUUGCUUCGAGUUCCUUCCAGUAAAUGUGAAUGCACAAAGGAUUUUACGCGUGUUUAUGCGAUGCUGGAGGAUAUAUUGAGCUGUGUCCACGUGCUCCAGAUGGUUGUCUUGGAUGAUUCAUAUAAGGUGAUAAGCGUGGAGGAUUCUGUUGCUGGGGAAAUUGCUGGGAUGAUUCAAAGCGAGGGGUUUUGGAAUGAAUUGGAGGCAGUUUAUUCACUAACGAAGCUCAUCAGAAAGAUGGCUCAUGAGAUUGAGGCGGAGCGGCCUUUGAUAGGGCAGUGCCUCCCUCUUUGGGAGGACUUGAAAGCAAAAGUGAAGGAUUGGUCUGCCAGAUUUAACAUUGUUGAUGAACACGUAGAGAAAAUAGUAGAAAAGAGAUUCAGAAAGAACUACCACCCAGCAUGGUCUGCUGCAUUUAUACUUGACCCACUUUACUUGAUGAGGGACACGAGUGGAAAGUACCUUCCUCCAUUCAAGUCCUUGACACAUGAGCAGGAGAAGGAUGUGGACAAGCUUAUAACCCGACUGGUUUCCAGAGAAGAAGCUCAUGUUGCCUUAAUGGAGGUUAUGAAAUGGAGAUCAGAAGGGCUAGAUCCACUGUAUGCCCAGGCUGUUCAGGUUAAACAGAGGGACCCCUCGACUGGAAAGAUGAAAAUUGCACAUCCGCAGGGCAGCAGGUUAGUGUGGGAAACUUGUUUGAGUGAAUAUAAAACAUUAGGCAAGGUUGCAAUCAGGCUUAUCUUCCUCCAUGCGACCUCUUGUGGGUUCAAAUGCAAUAGGUCUUCCUUGAAAUGGGUUUGUACGCAUAGGAACUCAAGGGUGGGCCUCGAAAGGGCUCAGAAGAUGAUAUUUGUUGCAGCUCAUGCCAAGCUUGAAAGAAGGGAUUUCUUGAAUGAAGAAGAAAAAGACGGAGAGCUGGCAGGCUGUGAGGAUGACAUGCUUGAGGAUAGGUUUUGUUUAAGCCAAUUGGAUUUGGUGGAUGGUGAACCACCUUAAGCCCUUGGAGAACGUCCCGGGUCAAACUUGGAAGAACCCAAGAAUGAAUCUUGGUUCUCAUAACAGCACUACUGACUGAUGUAAUCUGCCGUAUCACCUGGAUUGUCUGUUUAUGAAAUUGUCGAGCCCCAUUUUGAGGAUUGGUCCAUCUCAGUGCUUCGUUGUCAAUUGUCAUGGUCAAAGAAAAGUUGGAUCCUUGCAAACUUUUGAUGUCAAGGUUGAAAUUUUUAAGUUAGGGCUAUCAGCUAGGGUCAGCUAAAAAGUCUUUGAGCGAAGGAGAAGCAAGGAGGGUUGUCGGCAUGGGAAGGCACAGGAUGGCUGAAAGGGAUACUGCAACAAACUUGAACUGAUUUUAUAGGAUUUAUACAGGCUCUCAACUUGGCUCAUGACACAACACGUGGAAGAUUGUGGCCUGGAUACACAGUUAGUGUUGCACUUUCCAUUUAUUUGCUAGUGGAAUUCCAGAAAUGCUGUCGCUGGGAGGUAAAUCUUCUAAUCCAUGAUACAUGCUAUGCACAAUCAAUUUAUGUGAGAAUAGUAGAAAUGAGAGACACAGAGAGAUGGAUGAUAAAGAGUGCAGGUCAAAAUGGCUUAUGGAGACUUUGGUUCGUACUCAUUUUCUUGUAGUGACAAAACAAUGCACUAGUUUUGUACUAUUAUCUAACAUCUUGUUAGACCUUUAGAUGGCAAUCUCAGCUGACUAAAAAAUUAUGCCAUAAUCUUUUUUGUAAAAAUACAAGACUAGAAAACAGAUUGAGUUUUGGACUACCUCUUUCUCUCUCUCUCUCUCUCUCUCUCUCUCUCUCUCUCUCUCUUAUGCAUGGGCUUAAAUUUACCCUUCACAUUCAUGGCAGUGAAAAAAUGAAAUACCAAGUGGAGUGUGUGUUCGCGUGUACCUAAAAUAUUAUACUCAAUUGAGUUCUUAGCUUUUCUAUUUGAGCAAAGUCAGUAAGAGACUUAACAUCUUUCUAAUUUUACCUAUGGUUUUGUCUUUAGUCGUGAAUUUGGUGGAGAGACACAGGAUCCUGUCGGCAAGGCUGACUGCUUACCAACUAGAAAGGAAAGUUUUCUUUCUCGUAUGGUAUGGAUUUAAUUGUUUGCUCCACUCAUGUUCUUGCUAAGGGGUAUGACGUAUAAUGAUUAAUACAGGACAGGACUUUUCUUUCUACAAGAAUCUUCACACUUUCAAUGCUAUCCCAUGAUUAACCUUUUUUUCUUUUUUUAUUCCACUUAGUUUUGAUUGUUUUCGAAUUCGAAGCCCAUCUAUGAGAGAUGAUUGUUGAAAUGGAUUGGUAUUGUUCAUCCUUUCUGUUUUGUGGACUGUUCACAGUAAUUUUCAGCGGCGUGCAAUUAUGAGGUAACAAGAAAGGUAUCUCUUUUUCCUUUUGUCAUACAUCACAUUCUAUUCAUCAUGUACUCAUAGAUUACCAUAUAAAAAAUAAUUGAAUAACAACAAAAGGAAAAAUAAAGAUAGCAUGAAAGUGAUUAACCAUAUUAUUUAUAUGGUGGGCAUGAUUUUACUCAUUGAAGUGUGAGAUGUAACUUUGGGGAAAAAAAGUGUGAGAUGUAACUCAUUAAUAAAUCAAAAUUUUUUUUUUCAAUUAGAAAAAAAAAAAAAGGGAAAUCACAGCUGAAAGUCUGAAGCUAUGUGUAGUGGGAAGUGGGGUCAAGCCCAAUCAGUACUCGGUACAUAAUCUUUUGGGUGUGGUUGUACAUAAGAGUGGAGUCUGAGGUCUGGUGCGGCGUGGUAUUGGGUUGCUCAUAAUGGUGCCGUCCAUGGCCAGCCAUCAGUUAGCAAAGAUUUUAUUCCUGCUUUUGCAAUCAUGAUCUGCUCAAGUCUGCCUCUGAAUGAUGCUAAUUGCAAUCUGAUCGAGGCUUUAAUUCUACUGAUAUUUUGUUUCCAUUCCCAACCCCUUUCUUCCCUCUUUUUAAAAUACAACAUGAAAUAGCAAAUAUUGAAAUCAUAUCUUGGUUGGAUUGGAUCAAGUCUAGGAAAAAAGCUCAUGCUCAAACUUACAAGCCAACGGAUUUUCAGGCAAGUGAAUUGAUUUACUGUAAAUAUAUGUAAAUGUAAUUAACAUUGUUGAAUAUUUUUUAAUUAUUUAUAUAAAUCAUCAAUAUAUGUGACAGAUAA